AUGUCACCGAGCGAUCAAAUCACCCAGGUCACAGGGCUUGACAAAAAUUAUGAGCUCACUUUGAAGCCCACAAUUGGGGAUCCCCAACAGUCGCAGGGAGUCACUCGAAUGGAAGCCGUCUAUCGCGAAGCCAAGUCGGAUCGGAAGACAUUGUGGCUCAUCGGAGUAUCAGUGCUCGUCUGUGCGUGGGCCUACUCGCUCGACUCGUCUACUACGUCCUACUACUCAGUCGAUGCCUCCUCGUAUUUUAAACAGCACAGCUCGGUGCUCUCCACUCUAUCAAUUGCAACAAGUAUCAUCAGUGCAGUGAGCAAACCCUUUAUCGCGAAGAUCUCCGACAUCACAUCCCGUCCAUACACAUACACGUUGGUCCUGUUCUUUUAUGUACUCGGGUAUAUCAUUGUUGCCACCUGUAGGACCAUCGCCGGCUACGUCGUUGGAGAAGUCUUUGUCGCCAUCGGGAGCUCCGGGCUUGACUUGACCAACGACAUCAUCGUCGCCGACCUGACGCCGCUCGAAUGGCGCGGAUUCGCGAGCUCCAUGCUCUCCACACCCUUCAUAAUUAAUACCUGGUUUGCGGGUAAGAUUGUGGAUGCCAUUGAUAGUAAAGGGCAGUGGCGCUGGGGAUACGGCAUGUUUGCCAUCAUUAUGCCCGUCGCCCUCGGACCAGCCGUCGCCACACUCAUCUACCUCGAUCGCAAAGCCAAGAAGAACGGCAUCGUGAACAUCGCCUCCUCUAAUGCCGCCCGUCGAGCCGCUGGGAAUCUUUCUGAGAGAGAGGGCCGUGACAUACCCCAUGGUACGGUCUCAGCACGAGCGGCUGGGCCUUCAGAGCCUUGGAUGCGGUCUGCCAGGCGCAUCCUGGACGAAAUUGAUGCAUUGGGCCUGGUCUUGCUGGGGUUCGGCUGGUCGCUCUUGCUACUACCAUUUUCUCUUAAGACCUACGCCGAUGGUGGAUGGCGGAACCAAUCCCUUAUCGCCAUGAUGAUCGUUGGUGGCCUCCUCCUGAUCGCCUAUGUUAUCUACGAGGUGAAAUGGGCCCCCGUACCUAGUGCACCUCGUCGACUGGUAUUCAAUAAAACUUUCACAAUGGCCAUCAUUAUCGAUAGCUUCUACAUGCUUGCCGGAAGUGUUCGCGGUCUCUACUGGGACUCAUAUGUCUACAUUGCUAAGCCCUGGAGCUACCAGAACUGGGUCUACUACGGCAAUACCCUCACCCUCGCCCUCUGCAUUGCCGGACCUUUUGUCGGCCUCCUACAACGAUGGACACAUCGGUACAAAGCCAUUCAGAUCGCCGGUCUAGUGAUCAAAAUAAUCGGUAUGGGAAUCAUCUUGGAUGGGAACAUGGCAACUGCCAACACCGGAGCCAUGGUGAUGGCGAUGAUCCUCGUCGGAUUCGGUGGUUCUAUGUCUGUGGUCGGAUCGCGCGUUGCGUCGCAAGCAUCCGUCCCGCAUCAGGAUGUCGCGCUGGCUAUUUCACUGUUAGCAUUAUGGUCGAAAAUUGGUAGAGCUAUUGGAUCGGCGAUUGUUGCUGUGAUCUGGGCAGAUCAGAUGCCGAAGCAGUUGCGAAAGUACUUGCCAUCCAAUGCCACCGAAGCCGAUGUGAAAAAGCUGUUUGGUAGUCCCACGUCUAUUCGGAAGUUAUACGGCUUUGAUGAUCCGAUGCGUGUGGGAGCGGUGCUGGCAUAUCGGCACGCGUUAUAUUAUUGUCUGGCUACUGCGCUGGGACUCGCGUUUAUCCCUCUUAUCGCUUCGCUGUUUCAGCACAAUUACUUCCUGGGCAAGUCGCAAAAUGCUGUCACAAAUGUCGGAAAUGAUGGGCUGCCCCUCGCUGAAACUCGUCGGUCGGAGCUGGAGCCUCCCAAGAACAAGAAGGAGGCGUUCCUGCGCUUCUGGGCCGGUAAGUAA